GCCCGCCCGCCCGCCAUGGGCUUCGCCCUGCAGCGCUGCGCGGAGCCCGUGGCGCCGGCGCUGCGCUGCGGGCUGUGCGGCCGCGUGCUGGAGGAGCCGCUGGCCACGCCGUGCGGACACGUCUUCUGCGCCGCCUGCCUGCUGCCCUGGGCGCGGCGCCGCCGCCUCUGCCCCCGGCGCUGCCGGCCCGUGUCGGCUCGGGAGCCGCCGCCGCCGCCGCAGCUCGGCCGCCUCCUGCGCGGCCAGUGCGACCCGGGCCGGAGCGUGCGGCGCCGCGACCUGCCCGCCCACGUGGCGGCCGGCGAGCACGGCCCGGCCCGCGGCGCCCCGCGCGGCCCCUGCCCGCCGGGCUGCGGGGCUCACGGCCGGCACCGGGCCAUGAGCGCCCGCACCUGCCAGGGUGGUGAAACCAAGCCAUUAACCAUCCUGCUGCAAAGAAAAAAUGAUACUCUGGGAUUCAAUAUUAUAGGAGGACGACCCAGCCAGAACAUUCAGGAAGAAUCUUCCAGUGAAGGAAUUUAUGUCUCAAAAAUUUUGGAAAAUGGACCUGCUGACAAGGCAGAAGGCCUGCAGAUUCAUGACAAGAUCAUGGAGGUCAAUGGGAAGGACCUCUCCAAAGCCACACACGAAGAGGCGGUGGAAGCUUUUCGCAAUGCCAGGGAGCCAAUUGUAGUUCAGGUUUUACGGAGAGCACCCAUUAAUAAAGCACAUAGUUGCCCACAGGAUGUGCAGCUUGUGGAUGCUAGCACCCAGACUGACAUCACCUUCGAGCACAUUAUGGCUCUGGCCAAGCUUAGGCCAUCCACACCUCCAGUACCUGAUAUCUGCCCUUUUUUACUUUCAGACAGCUGCCAUUCGCUUCACCCAGUGGAGCAUGAAUUUUACGAAGGUAACGACUAUCUUUCCAGCAUGCCUGCUGAUGCAGAUAGAACAGAAGACUUUGAGUAUGAGGAGGUUGAGCUCUGUCGUGUAAGCAGUAAAGAGAAGUUGGGGCUGACUGUCUGUUACAGAACGGAUGAUGAGGAAGAUACAGGAAUCUAUGUCAGUGAGGUUGAUCCAAACAGUAUUGCUGCUAGAGAUGGCCGGAUCCGAGAAGGAGACCGCAUUUUGCAGAUAAAUGGCCAAGACAUCCAGAAUCGAGAGGAGGCAGUGGCAUUGCUCUCCAGCGAUGAAUGCAAGAAAAUUGUGUUGCUGGUUGCAAGACCUGAGAUGCAGCUGGAGGAAGGGUGGCUGGAUGAUGAAAGGAACGAGUUCUUAGAGGAGUUAAACUUAGAAAUGUUGGAAGAACAGCAUAAUGAAGCAAUGCAGUACACAGCCAAUGAGGUGGAGCAGCCAAAGAAGCAUGAGGAAGAGGAUGGCACAACAGACACUGCAACUUCAUCAUCCAACAACCAUGAGAAAGACAGUGGAGUGGGGCCCACAGAUGAGAGUCUACGUAAUGAUGAGAGCUCGGAGCAGGAGAAUGCACCUGAGGAGCAGAGCACUGCUGCCCUACAAAGCAAGCGGGAGCUGGGCCAGAGCCAAGAUACUUUAGGAAGUGUUGAACUCCAGUGCAAUGAAAGCUUUGUGUCUGGGGAAUAUAUUGAAUCAGAUUUUGUUAGAAACCAAGAUGAGGACUGUGAAAGGUUUCGGCAACUCCUGGAACUCAAAUGCAAGAUUAGAAACCAUGGUGAAUAUGACCUAUAUUACUCAAGCAGUACAAUAGAGUGUAACAGAAAGGAACAAGAUGGAGUGGAGCAUGAGCUACAGUUACUCAAUGAGGAAUUGAGGAAUAUUGAACUCGAGUGUCAGAACAUUAUGCAGGCUCACAGGCUUCAAAAGGUGAGGGAUCAGUAUGGAGAUAUUUGGGCCUUACAUGAUGGAGGAUUCAGGAAUUAUAACACCAGCAUAGAUGUACAAAGAGGUAAACUGGAUGAUAUCAUAGAGCACCCUGAGAAAUCUGACAAAGAUAGCUCCAGUGCUUACAACACAGCAGAAAGCUGCAGGAGCACUCCACUGACUGUUGACCGAUCUCCUGAUAGCUCACUCCAGAGAAUGAUCAGCAUCACCAAUAGGAAAAACCUGAGAAGUACAAUUGUAGCUAACCAGUUGUCUUCUGGACAGAGUAGCAGGGAGGCAACCCCAACCAAAACCAAAACUACUGAGCAAAGCAGUACUGUUGAAGACAAGGUAAUGGUUUCAGAAAGCAGCAAAUUCACAGACCAGGAGAAGCAAAGCACUGAGCACAUUCCUUACCUAUCUCCAUAUCACAGUUCAUCAUACAGAUAUGGGAAUAUACCUGCACAUGCAAAACAUUAUCAAAGCUAUAUGCAGCUGAUCCAACAGAAAUCUGCUGUAGAGUAUGCCCAAAGUCAGCUCAGCCUAGUGAGCAUGUGCAAAGAUUCAUCGAAGUGUACAGAACCGAAGAUGGAAUGGAAAGUGAAAAUAAGAAGUGAUGGAACAAGAUAUAUCACAAAGAGACCAGUACGAGACAGAAUCCUGAAGGAACGUGCCUUAAAAAUUAAAGAGGAGCGCAGCGGAAUGACAACGGAUGAUGAUACGAUGAGUGAAAUGAAAAUGGGACGUUACUGGAGCAAAGAGGAGCGGAAGCAGCAUUUGGUGAGAGCCAAGGAGCAGAGGCGGCGGCGAGAGUUCAUGAUGCGGAGCAGGUUAGAGUGUCUUAAGGAAAGUCCACAAAGUGGCAGCGAGGGCAAAAAAGAAAUUAACAUUAUUGAACUCAGUCACAAAAAGAUGAUGAAAAAGAGGAACAAGAAAAUUUUGGACAACUGGAUGACAAUCCAAGAACUAAUGACACAUGGUGCUAAGUCUCCAGAUGGCACAAGGGUGCACAAUGCCUUUCUAUCAGUUACUACUGUAUGAACACAACUGUUUCAAAGAGUAUACUACCAGUUUAGGUAGAGUCUGAUUGCCUCGUUCAAUGUGGCAUUUUUAUAUAUUUUGUGACUGUUUAUAGUUUGGCCUUUUUUGUAAGCAAAAUAACUUGGUAAUUUUCAUUUGUUUUUCAUAUAAUGGUACCUUCCUUAGUGGGCAAUCUUUCUUUACCAUGCAAUAUAUUCAUAAUAUUCAUUUGUAUAAAAAAAAGAAAAGUAAAACUAAAAAAUGGAGGAGCCACUCAAUUUCUUACUUUAAUGUAUGUAUUGUAAGUUAAGAUCUGGAUUUAUUUCUAUAGUUUUCUUUUUUCUACUUUAGUAAAAAUCCAAUACCAAAACAAAAUGUUUUAUACAGUAUCCUUGCUUCUAGGCAUAACAAGUUGUUAAACUUUUACAUGUUAAAUUGCAUCUGUUAAUAAGUCAUGUCCUACAUCCCAUCAUAUGGAUCAGAAUGACCUUUUCCACCAACACAUUGUACAGUACAUUUAACCUGUAAAUUGCAAUUGUAUUUGUCCAAGUAAAUGUAGGUGGGCAAUUCUCCUGUGGUAUGUAGUGGCAUUCUUCAUGUAGCUAGGUAAUAUGUGAUAAUUGUGAAGAUGAAAGAGAAAUAAAUUAUUGCUUAUCUUUAAGGGGAAAAAAUAUCAAGAGUUCCUUGAGUUUAAUUGAUUACUUUAUUUCCACAUGUAAUUUUUUUAAAUGAAGAAUUAAAGGACACAGUGCACUAAUCAGUAUUUCCUAUAAAGCAGAUACAGCUUUUUCCUACCAUUAUUUUCUUAUAAACUUUAUUCAGUAGACCUAGUCUUGCUUUUCUUCCUCAUACAAAACUUCAGGAGGUUUGCUUAGUAAGAAAACAGAGUAUACCUAUAAGAACACACAUAAGAGCCCAAGUUAUUACUACUUUCCCCCAUGAUGUUGUUUUUGUUAUUGUUAUUGUUGUUAAUUAAACAAGUACAAUCAGUGUGUUCCGAUCUUUCAAACAAGUAAGUCAUAACUGCUCAUCAAACAUACUUUCUCUGUCUUCUUUACCCUAGGGCAGGGUGUCAAACUCAUCUGGCAAUGAGUGGCAUGGGGCCAGUCCAUGGGCCAGUUGGGACUCAUAGAUCAGCCUUGCAGUCUAGUUCUGGAGUGGGCGCUACAUGCAGCACGGUCCUGGUGCAGUCACUCCAGAGCUGUGCAGUAUGCCCCCAAAGCCACCACUGCUGCAGAGCAGCUCUAUAUAGCCUUGAUGCCCAAGCCACCUCAAGGCUGCAGAACACGGCCCUGGAGCCACUGCCACUACCACUGCCAUGGAGCUGUGCAGCACAAUGCCAGAGCUGCUGCAGGGCUGUACAGCAUGGCUGCCGCUUGCAUACAGCAUGACCCCAGUGUGCCACUCACCCAAAAGGAAGUACUAAAGAAUGGUGCUAUAGCAACAUUGCCAUACAGCAACGUGUAGACAUACCCUUAGAAUCUAAGUCCUAUAUCCACAUCUGCCUAAGUCAUUUGGAAACAUCAGUUGAACUUUGGUUCUGAAAUAAUUCAGGUGUUCUUCAAAACAGGAUUUAGGCAUGUCAUCUAAUUAGGGUUAGAUUUUUCAAGAUAUUUAUGUCAUAAAGAUUCAUCUUGUAGAAUUUCAAAGAUUAUCUGGACUCCUAACUCCCACUUAUAUCAACAACUGAUUAUAGAUUAUCAGUUCUGGAAAUCCCACUAGGUAUCUGCAAAUUAGAUUAUACCUUUAGAUGCCUAAACCCUUUUAAAAUAUGUCCCUUAAGCAAUUUUAAUGGUACUCCUUGUUGUUUAAUGAUUUACUCCAAUAAUCAGAAAAAUAAACACUUAUCAUAGCAAUCUAUGUAUCAUACAAGGAUUUUUUCUUCUGAAAUAUAAAACGUUGCUAACAUGUGCCUGUUCAUAUAUACUGAGAAUUUUUUCCGGUUUUCUAUAUUAAAUUCAUAGAUUACUAUAUUCAUAGAUUCAUAGAUGUUAGGGUUGGAAGGGACCUCAAUAGAUCAUCGAGUCCGACCCCGUGCAUAGGCAGGAAAGAGCGCUGGGUCUAGAUGACCCCAGCUAGAUGGUUAUCUAACCUCCUCUUGAAGACCCCCAGGGUAGGGGAGAGCACCACCUCCCUUGGGAGCCCGUUCCAGACCUUGGCCACUCGAACUGUGAAGAAGUUCCUCCUAAUGUCCAAUCUAAAUCUGCUCUCUGCUAGCCUGUGGCCAUUAUUUCUUGUAACCCCCGGGGGCGCCUUGGUGAAUAAAUACUCACCAAUUCCCUUCUGUGCCCCCAUGAUGAACUUAUAGGCAGCCACAAGGUCGCCUCUCAACCGUCUCUUGCGGAGGCUAAAAAGGUCCAGUUUCUCUAGUCUCUCGUCAUAGGGCUUGGUCUGCAGGCCCUUAACCAUACGAGUGGCCCUUCUCUGGACCCUCUCCAGGUUAUCCACAUCCCUCUUGAAUUGUGGCGCCCAGAAUUGCACACAGUACUCCAACUGCGGUCUGACCAGCGCCCGAUAGAGGGGAAGUAUUACCUCCCUGGACCUAUUCGUCAUGCAUCUGCUGAUGCACGAUAAAGUGCCAUUGGCUUUUCUGAUGGCUUCGUCACACUGCCGACUCAUGUUCAUCUUAGAGUCCACUAGGACUCCAAGAUCCCUUUCCACUUCCGUGCCACCCAGCAGGUCAUUCCCUAGGCUGUAGGUGUGCUGGACAUUUUUCCUCCCUAGGUGCAGCACUUUGCAUUUCUCCUUGUUGAACUGCAUCCUGUUGUUUUCUGCCCACUUGUCCAACCUGUCCAGGUCUGCUUGCAGCUGUUCCCUGCCCUCCGGCGUGUCCACUUCUCCCCAUAGCUUUGUGUCAUCUGCAAACUUGGACAGAGUACAUUUCACUCCCUCGUCCAAGUCGCUGAUGAAGACAUUAAAGAGUAUCGGUCCAAGGACCAAGCCCUGCGGGACCCCACUGCCCACACCCUUCCAGGUCGAAACCUACCUAUCCACCACGACUCUCUGGGUGUGACCCUCCAGCCAAUUCGCCACCCACCGGACUGGGUAGUCAUCCAAGUCACAGCCUCUUAACUUGUUCACCAGUAUGGGGUGGGAUACCGUAUCGAAGGCCUUCCUGAAGUCUAAGUAUACGACAUCCACCCCUCCUCCCGUGUCCAGGCUUUUUGUAACCUGGUCAUAAAAAGAGACUAGAUUAGUCAGGCACGAUCUGCCUGCCAUGAACCCAUGCUGGUUUCCCCUCAGCAUAAUUUGUCCUGCCGGGCUCUCGCAUAUGUGAGCCUUGAUAAUUUUUUCAAAGACUUUGCCAAGGAUGGAGGCCAGGAGAGACCAUUAUUUUCAGGCCAGGAGAGACCAUUAAUACUUCUACUGUAGUCUACUGUUUAACAAUGAUCAGAGAAUUUCAUCAAGUCUAUAGUCAGCCCAGUAAGUUGAGCUUGACAGAAACACAGCUUUUCAGAAACACAUUCAGUCUUCAUUUUAGUAUAUCAAAAUAUGGAGAAGUCAUUGUUUCCUUUGAGCAGAUUAUUCCAGUGAUAUGUCACCCUCACUCUUAAAAAAGUGUCCCUGUUUCCAGUUAGAAUUUAUUUGAUUUAAAAUUCCAGCCAUUGAUCCUUGUUAUGCCUUUCUGUUAGGUUUUUAGCACCCAGUAUUUUUCUCCCCAUAACCAAGUCAAUGAUUCAGGGCAAUAGUUCCCUAAAACUGAGGAAAUCCUAUUUCAAUCAAUAAUUAGAAUAGAAAUCUGGUGAAUUUUAAUGUGAUUUAAUAUCAAUAUUUAAUCACUGAGAGAAAAUGAGGAAAAUCUGAAAAGGUUUGCAUAACUUGACUUAUUAGAUAAGAAAUAGGAAAAUCUGACAGUUUUUAUACUAAUAUUGCCCAUUCAGAGAAGCAAAUAAGUAAUGUUUAUGCAGAAUAAUGUAUGAAGAAUUUUUAAGUGAAGAGAAA